AUGGUGCGUACGUUCUUAGCUUGUGAUAACUGUCGUCGUUCCAAGUUACGUUGUUUAUCAAACGUGGAUGCUAAAGGUGAACCCAAUGGGAAAUGCCAACGGUGUGCUAAGCAUCACUUCGAGUGUCAAUACACUCCAAAACCAUCACAACUCAAGAAGCAGAUACGACGUGAGAAGUCUUUACAAGGUGAUAAGGGGUUUGGUGUGAUUGAGAAGAAAAAUUCUGUGAAAAGACAACAACUUCCAAGUCCUUGUGCUAUACCACUUAGUAUCAACCCAUCUUCAAAUGGUACUGGAGUUAAAAGAGAAGAAACACCACCUUUCCUUUCAGAAAGUAUAAACAACUAUGGAAAUAAACAUGGUAAUAGAUGUGCCAACUAUUUGGAUUCAAUGAUUUUACCCAAUAGAUCUAUAAUGUUAGAAAUAGUUUAUGAUUUUUUCAACAACCAAGUUCAUUCUAUAUUUAAUUUUUUACACAAGGAGUCAUACAUAGAUUAUAUUAAAGGUGAUAAAUUUGGCCAUCAGUUUUUCAAUUAUGAUGACCCUGAAGAUAUACCAAUAUUUACCCCGUGUACAUUAUUGGCAAUAAUGGCAUUAUGUGCUAGAAAUAAUGAAACAUUAACUAAGAUGUAUGGUGAAUUCGAUCAAAACAAUGAUCCUGAAGGUUUCGUCCCAAAUUUUGGUCAACGUCCAUAUAAAAUAACUUCUAAUUCCCCAUCAAACGCAUCCAAGUAUUUUGCUUUUUACUCAAGACAAUUAUUGAAAGAUAUGUUUGAUACACCUUCAAUUCAAAGAGUUCAAUCAUUAACCAUAUUAUCAUCUCAUGAAUGGAGCGAAGGAAAUGCAGCAAGAUCUUAUUUAUAUAUUGGGAUUGCAGCUAGAAUGGGAGCCAUUUUGGGUCUAGGAUGUAACCGUGGUGUUUGUUAUGAGAAUGAGAUUGAAGAUCCUCGUGAAAGGUUCAUUUCUAUGGAGUCUAAAAGAAGGACAAUAUGGUCAGUUUACAUGAUGGAUAGAUGUAAUUCAAGUGGUCGUAAUAGAUCACAUGCUUUGAAAAUUGAAGAUAUUGAAGUUAGUUUACCUUGUCCUGAAAAAAAUUUCCAAAAUGGUAUUCCUAUUGAUUUUCCAAGCUAUAAUGAUUGUUUCAGAUGCCUAGGACAAUUAACAAGUUUAGAUUUUACAAUUAUUGGUUACGAAUUAUGGUCUAAAAUUGCUAAAUGGGUGGGUGAAAUUGGUUCUAAGAAGGAAAAAUUGAAUCCAAGUGAUCCAAACUCUAGCUUCUACAAGCUAAGUAACGAUUUACAGCUAUUAAGAGAUAGCAUGCCUAAGGAGCUGGAUAUAUUGAAUCUUAACAAGCAUUUAGAAGCUGAUAAUUUAAAUUUUGGAUUUCUACAUCAGUUAUUAUAUCUUUCGGGUAUAUUCUUGAAUAGAGAAUAUUUUUAUUAUAGUUCCGAUUUAUCACAAACAGAUCAUUACCAGUUCACAAAAAAACUUAUAAAUCAAGUGCAAGAAAGCUCUAGCUUGAUAAUGACUUUGGUAUCAAGAAAGAAAUUUAUCAUUACCCCAUUCACAGCAUUUGAAUUAUUUACAAAUUCAGUCACAUGUCUUUCAAUCUCUAAUAUCUUGAAUGAUUUGAAUUUGAAAUCUUUAGGGGUUCAAAAUAUGGAACUUUUGAAAAUGUAUUUUCAUGAUGAUCAUUUAGGUAUGACAUGGUAUGGUAUUAUUGAACAGUUACUGAGAUACUUGGAAAGAUGUAAUCAUGGAGUCUUUAACAGGGCGUUACAACAAAACACCAAAUUGAGUAAUUUGCUAAAUGAUUAUGGUGAAUCAGAUAUCCCAGAACAACAUACAACUCAUCCAUAUCAGACGAAAAAGAUUGAUCUAAAUGACAUUUUGAACUCAUCAGAUUCUGAGUCAAAUUAUGUCAAGAAUAAUGAACAAAUAGAAACAACACCAUUGUCAUCAAUAAACAGUAUCGAGAGCCAAUCGAUACAACACCAAGACCCACAAUAUAAUUCAUCAGCGGUGACAAGUAUAUCAUCUUCAGAAAACGACCACCAACAGUUAUGGGAGAAUUCAUUGGAAAGUGAUAUCGAUAAGUAUUUUAAGAAUUGGGAUAAGAUUAUACCCAAUUGGAAUGAUGUUUUCGUUGAGGAUAGGACAAUUGAUGAUGUAAACUCUUUAUUUCCUAGUUAA